UGGAGCUGAAGGAGUAUAAGAACGAUGAUCCUUUACCUAUGAUAUUAGCAUUCCAAUCGAUGAGACUGCCCUACUUCUCUUCGUUGCCACAAUGUCUGACGCCCUCACACCUCGCUCCUGGGCACCGCCUAUAUUCGAGCUGUCGACCGCUGAGAACGAUGGCACCAAGGACCAGAGAUACGACGUCCGCAAGACGCUGGCCUAUGUCACGGAAGACCUGAACAACGUGAACAACGUCUUCAUGCUAUACUGGAUCACGACCACGACCGGCGAGAAAUUCCACCUCACCACCAACGCCGGCCUGCGCGGCUCAAAAAUGCUGGGCUCAUUCCUCUCUCUCAACGACCUCCAGACGCGCACCACCCGCGGCGCCUCCAUCAUUGAAGGCGGCUCCGGCAACAAAGACCACCUAGAGCUGCGCAGCGCCACACAAACUGUUAUCGCCCCCGAGGACGGCGACAAGUGGACCGGCACGCAGCACACUCUCGAGAUGCAGGGCGUUAAGCUGGAAACCACACUCCGCCCCACCGGCCAGCACUUCUACUACGGCGGCAGCGGCUGCAUCCAACUGACGACGCGCGGGCCCGACCCAGACUACUCCACCACCCUGCCGGGCUGGUCGUGGUACUGGACGAACCCGACCACGCGGAUCGCAGGCACCCUCGCCAUCGACGGCACACGCUAUGAGAUCGACCCGGAGCAGUCGUACAGCAUCUUCGAGCGGCAGUGGGGUAACUUCCAUAUCGGCAAGGGCUACUACGCACUCUGGUUCUGGCUGUCUACGGGCGAGGUGCUGAUAUCGUGGAAUAUGGAGCCCAGCAUUGACGGCGUGUCCGAGGUGAAAUUUGCAAGCGUGUGGCAUCCAAAUGGGCUGCACGAGACGAUCCCCGUGGGCCCCAACAGCCGUGCCUCCAACGUCAUCACGAGCGAGAAAACCGGGUUGAAGUAUUUCAAGGACUACUUUUUGGAUCUGCCGGCCAGGAAUGCGAGCUUCAGCUUCACCAAGUGGUUUGAGCAGGAUGAGCUUAAUCCGGCGCUGCCGGAACAGAUGGGUAAAUACAUUACGAUUGCGGAGUCGUAUGGUGAGGGGACCGGUGUGUGGGAUGGGAAGGAGAUUACCGUGCAGGGGCAUGUGGAGCAGUUGUCGACGUUGAGGGAUUAGGCAGGGAUAAGUGAGGAUGUGCUGCUAUACGGGCCUGCGGACGUUGCAGCUUUGCACCAUUGCGUGGAGGCGUGGACGCGUGUGGAAGAUUGCAGGGGGGUGGUUGC